AUGACCAUGUCAAGCGACCACAGUUUGGAUGACAUUAUGGGCAGCAUAGUUGUGGGGCGUCGCAAACUGUCGAUAUCUGACUUUGAAGAUGACUUUGAUAUCGACGAGAUUACACAGAAUGCCAUUUCCAGUGCAACUAAAAGAUCCAAAAGCACAUCAGCGGUGCCCCAGAACUCUGCAGUUUUAUUGCCACCCGAGUUCUCACUCUCCUCGACGUUUGAGGAUGACAUCGAUGCAGUCAUGGCAGAGAUACGGGUUCAAAAGCCAGCGAAGAAGCACAAUUCGACACAGGCGACAAGAGUAACCCAUGACAUACCCUUCCAGGAGCCUGAGAGACGCCCACAGCCCGUUCUUGAGGCUUCUGACAUAUCUAAGGAUAUCUCAGAUAUGGACGAUAUCCUGGCUGAUAUUGAGAUUCAACCAACGGCAAAGCUCCGGAGAGUCAAGAAGGCAUCUCAAUCGUCUCCCUCGCUCUCUCAGCAGAUUGAUGAUAUGAUGAACCAGAAAAAGCUGAAUGUGGACUCUCACAAGCCUGCUUCAGCACAUAAACAAACCAGUUCACCUGGUGUACCUGUAUUUCUCAAGCACUCACAACAACCACUACUACAGCUACAGCAUCCGCGCAGAGCAGAUCUGUCUUCAUCCAUGGUUCAGUCUGGUGUUUUGGAAGACCCGUUCUGUGAUGAGAUCAACUCAUCUCCUCCGCUUCAAGCUCUCGACAGCUCACCGUAUUUCUCUCAGAAGACUUCUGGAAACCUUUUGAAUCUACCGAAUCUGCCAGCAUUUGAUUUCUCAUCGCAGACGUUGCAGAGAUCAAAGUCUGACAGUCUCAAGUUCAACAAGAAGCUGAUAAGCUCGUUCGACCUCGAGGGCGAUCUGAGUGAUACAAAGUAUGGGGUUUGCGAUUUGGAGAGUGCGGGGCGGCCGCAGCAACUUAGGUCAGAGAGUGCGAGACGACAACAGUCUCGUGAAGCUGGACAAGUUAUGUCAAGCGUGUCACAUGAGACAAAUGACAAGCCACUUUCGUCUCUCCCGCCCCAUUCCUCUCCAUCGCGUGAACGCUCCCUGUCCACUCCCACCGAACUUCUGAAUUACAACGCAAGUGAUGUCAAGCCAACCAGUACUCCUCUUGCAUCUUCUCAAAUCGAGUGGGAACCAUCGUCACGUGAGUUAUGCGGCUACGAUGUGCACACGCUCAAUCUCCGUCAAAAGGCCAAGCUUAAGGAGUACGGUCGGUUGUCUCCCGGGGAUUUAAGAGACACGCGAGUCAAGCGGUUCAAGUCAGCUGGAGAAGCUGAACCUAGAGAACAGCAACCUGAUGGUGACUCUGCAGUGGCGGGAGUAUCCAAGAACGGGUUUGCUAACUCUCCUCGCAAGAACGAAAGCCGACGCGCUAAGUCUGAGUCGGCACCAAAGGUACUGCAGCAGCUCGACUUUUUCAACAAGUCGAACCGACCCCAGUUAGAUGCUGGGCUCAAGAGCAAAGGACCCAGGAAGAGCAUCCAGUCGCGUCUGUACACCACCACUACCCACAACACGCUUGUUGAUGUGGAUGGAGAGGAGGACGGGUUGAUGACAGUCCAGGUGGCGUCUCUAUCGGCCGAGCAACAGGCUAUCCAUGAUCUGGUUAUUAACGGCGAGACCAAUAUCUUCUUCACAGGUGCUGCUGGAACGGGAAAGUCAGUCCUGUUACGUCAGAUCAUUGCCAGUUUGCGUCGCAAGUACAAAAAGUCGCUUGACAAGGUGGCUGUGACUGCUUCUACUGGACUGGCUGCUUGUAACGUUCAAGGAACGACGUUGCACAGUUUUGCGGGCUGUGGGUUGGCCCGAGAAGACGUGGAUUCGCUUUGUAAGCGAAUCAGGCGGAAUAAGAAGGCUCGCGAUCGAUGGAAGAACGUGUCUGUACUUGUUAUUGAUGAGAUUUCCAUGGUUGACGCUCGUUUUUUCGACAAACUCGAGCAGAUUGCGCAGAAACUGCGCCGAAACAAGCGUCCCUUUGGAGGUAUUCAGCUGAUUGUCACAGGUGACUUUUACCAGCUUCCUCCCGUACCCGACACUAACAAGGAUCGUUUCCGGGGCUCUUACGGUGGCAACAAGACUAACACCGGUAUGGUUGAUUCUCGGUCUGCUGUCAACAGCGAUCCCGAAGCUCUUUUCGCGUUCGAGGCCGAAUCUUGGUCCACGGUAAUCGACAGCACUUUUCUGUUGACCAAAGUGUUCCGACAGAAGGAUCCUGUCUUUGCCAAUAUGUUGAAUCAACUCCGUACCCAGUCGCUAGACCAAGCUUCUCUCGACGGCUUUCUGUCUCUCUCUCGUCCCCUAUCAGUCCCAGAUGGUAUCAUUCCCACAGAGCUGUUCCCUACCCGUCGUGAAGUCGACCGGUCCAACUUCUCCAAGUUGUCCACUCUAGGGGGCAAGACUCACACGUUCGAUGCUCUGGAAACCGGAUCUGCCGAGCGGGAGUUUAGAGACAAGUUGCUAGAGAACAUCAUGGUACCCAAGAAGCUGACUCUCAAAGCCGGUGCCCAGGUUAUGAUGCUGAAGAACAUGGACCCCAACCUCGUCAACGGAUCCAUUGGUGUGGUUGUCGGGUUCAUGUCUCCUCACAACUUCAUCGCAGCUGAGAACGCUGCCGACCUCGAUAUUAUUCGAGAGAAGCCUUCAAAGCGGCCCAACAUCUACGAUGUUUCCAACGAAUCUGAGCUGAAUCAAUUGAACCAGCUCAUCGAGACAGGUAAAGUUGUUGGGGAGUCUUCCCAGGCGUCUGAAGAGUCGGCUUUCUUCUCGUCUCCUGCUCAAGGAGACUCAGACUGUGUGUUUGAGCGUCUCAAGGCUUUUCCCGAGGACGCCGAUAACGCAACAUUUCUUAAACGCAAGCUAGAACGUCGAAAGCAGCUGGAGGACCUGGCCAAGACAAACUUGGCCGCAAUGAACGGGGCUGUCUACCCCGUGGUGCGUUUCAGACGCAUGGAUCACACCUUCCGAAACGUGCUACUUCAUCCAGAGACGUUUUCCGUAGAGAACAUUGAAGGAGAAGUGCUCGCUUCUCGAACACAGAUCCCAUUGAUUCUGGCCUGGGCCUUGUCAAUCCAUAAAGCCCAGGGUCAGACUCUCCAGUAUGUCAAAGUGGACCUGGCCAAGACAUUUGAGAGAGGCCAGGCAUACGUGGCACUCAGUCGAGCCACGUCCAAGGAGGGACUCCAGGUUCUCAACUUCCUACCUGAGAAGGUGAAGACCCAUCCGAAGGUGGUGGAGUUCUACAAGACGCUAACCACGUACGAGGACGACGAGCCGCAUGAGGUGCAGCAAGAAAAUGUCCAGCCCAUGAGAGCUGUGGGGUAG